AUGAUGGAGAGUCCGAGGACUAGCACACCAAGCACGCUGGCUACUAGUGUAGACCAUCCGUCAAGUCGGUAUCCGGGCAUACCGGAUCAUAUAGAGGUCGUGUCCAAAGUUAAUAAUUGCGCACAACAACUGACGACGGCCAUUAAUCAGCUCCUUGAGACCUCGAAAUGGGACAUCGAGCGUGCGAAACAAGAGAUAAGGUUGAUAGAGGAGCGACUCCAGGAUUUAGAGUCGGAAAAAGCGGAAGUGCUUCAGUGCCUACACGAAACCGAAGUCGGGUACGAGGUGUUAGAAGACGCUAUCAUGGAGAAGGAUGAAGAAAUCCAGCAGAAUCUGAAGGCGCUGCAAUCAGCAGCAGAAGAAAACACCAAGCUCGAGCAUGGAAGGGCAUUGGCAAUUUCUGUAAUGAACGAGACACAGCAUACUGCGGCUAUUUCAGAAGCACUGGCCAAUGAAAAAGCUAAGAAGGCACUUCAGGCAGAGGAGGCGGCUUUGCAAAAACUUGCCGUGGCCAACCAGUCCGAAGCUGCCUCGCAUCAUCGAGCGCAGCAACUCCAGGAAGAAAGGAACUCAGCAGUCAACGCUAGAGACAAUGCAGAGUGUCGGGCUGGGGAGGAAGAGAAGGCUAGAAAGGAGGCUGAGGGACGAGCUGAGGAGUUGGAAAGAAACCUGGCAUACAUGAUUUCAUCGAUAACCCGAGCAGAAACUCGAGCAGAAAAAGCAGAGGCAGACAUGGCAGCAGCAGUGGAGAGGGAGAAGGAGACUAGAAGGAAGCUUGAGGCAGCAAACUCCAUCGAUCAAGGCGAGGCGGCGAUCCGUUACUUCGUAGUGGAGGCAAGGCGUCAUGACGAGCGACUAACAGGCUUGGCACAGGAUAUUAACCGCGUGGUGAAAGAUUGGGGAACGAAUAAGAUGCUCUUACGUCCACUACCGACUCGAUUACGGUCACCAGGGUGGAGAAGGGGCGUGGCAUUUCUGGAAUCUUCGCUUCGCGUCAGGUGUUUCCGUCAUGGUGGAGAGGUAGCGAUCACUGCGUUUUACGUUGUUUCCCUCACGCGCUGGUGUUGA